GCCAAACACCUUCUUCCCCCCAUGUUCUAAACUUGCAAUCCUCCCUAAUCCCGGGCCCCAAGCACAAGUCCCUCCUCCUAUAUAUAUAUAUAAACGCACCUGCCACCCGCCACAAAAAUACUCAGCACGAGAGCCAGCUCGAGACAAGUCAGGAGCCAUCGGGCCAACAGAAACCACCACCACCAACAGCGAGACGCAACAAGGGAGAAGAAGCUAGCGGAGGAAAGAAGGCAUGGCGGCGAUGGCCGUGAGCAGCGGGAGGUGGGCGCGGGUGCGGACGCUGGGCCGCGGCGCGUCGGGGGCCGAGGUCUUCCUGGCCGCCGACGAGGCGUCCGGGGAGCUCUUCGCGGUGAAGGCGGCGCCGGCGUCGGCGGGCGCGGAGGCGCUGCGGCGGGAGCGCGGGGUCAUGGCCGGCCUCCGCUCGCCGCACGUCGUCCCAUGCAUCGGCGGCCGCGCCGGGCGGGACGGGUCCUACGAGCUCUUCCUCGAGUUCGCGCCCGGCGGGACGCUCGCCGACGCCGCGGCGCGGUGCGGCGGGCGGCUCCCCGAGCGCGACGCCGCCGCGUACGCGGCCGACGUCGCCCGGGGCCUGGCCUACGUCCACGGGGCCGGCCUCGUGCACGGGGACGUCAAGCCGCGGAACGUCGUGAUCGGCGGCGACGGCCGCGCCAAGCUCGCUGACUUCGGGUGCGCGCGGAGGGCCGGCGCGGCGGGGGCGCCGAUCGGCGGCACGCCGGCGUUCAUGGCGCCCGAGGUGGCGCGCGGGGAGGGGCAGGGCCCGGCCGCCGACGUCUGGGCGCUGGGGUGCACCGUCAUCGAGAUGGCCACGGGCCGCGCGCCCUGGAGCGGCGUCGUCGGCGACGUGCUCGCCGCGGUGCGCCUGAUCGGGUACACGGACGCCGCGCCCGAGGUGCCCCGGUGGCUCUCCGCGGAGGCCAGGGACUUCGUGGGCAGGUGCCUGGCACGGCGCCCGGGCGACCGGCCCACGGCGGCGCAGCUGCUCGAGCACCCGUUCCUCGCCUCCGCCGGCGGCCGCGACGCCGCCAAGGGCGAGUGGGUGUCGCCCAAGAGUACGCUGGACGCCGCAUUCUGGGAGUCCGACAGCGACGACGAGGACCACGACGCGCCGUCGUCGCAGAGCACCGCGGAGAGGAUCGGGGCGCUGGCCUGCCCUGCCUCCACGCUGCCGGACUGGGACGCCGAAGAGGGCUGGAUCGACGUGCUCUCCACAUCCGACGAGGCGACUGCGCCGGCCGCCAACGGGGACACUUGCGUCGCCGGCGGUGCCGGAAGCGAAGAAGAAGCGAGCGCGGAGGCCGAGCCCCGCGACAUGGAUGCGGAAAGCGGCGCCGGCACCCACAAUGUAGGAGGAACUGACGAUCCAGCUGAGCACGAGAGGCACCACCUGUGUGCGAAUCCAGUCUGUCAUGAUCAAAUCCCAUGUAAAUCGCUUUGCGGCACAGACAAUGCAAUGAAUUUUGAUUUCGCCCAAAUCUUGCUCCCUGGAUAUGGUCGCCAUGCCACGGCGGCGCGCGGCGGCAAGCGCGUCGGACCCGGCAUGGGCGCGCACCGGGCGAGGACAAGUGGACGGCGCCGCGCCGAGCUGGGCCGCACACCGCGCACGCCUGACGUCGAUCCGCGCCGGUGGGCAGAGCCGCAGAGGGCGCGGCGCGAGUCCACGGUCCACCACCGUCCACGGGUGACCGGGGCCGUGCGGCCAUCCGAUGCGCAUCUGCCUCCUCCGGCCGCCGCCUCCUCAUCUGAUGAUCUGAUUGCCAUUCGUAUCCACCCGAGGAGUAGUGGAGCCCAGCCCGCGGCUUUCGGCUUCCUUCGAGCGCUCCUCAGGCUGAAUGCCCGAUGA